UGAUUGCGUCCAUACGGCGAGGUCUAUUGAGAAUACUGUUCAUUAGGGUUUGGCUCAGAGCGGGGAUAGAGAGAGGUUGAGAUGGCGGACGAAGAAGAAGGCGACAGGAGAGAGGCGGCAAUAGCGGCGAGGCCUUCUUUGCAGCACAGUUUCAAGCCUCCUGGCGUUACCCAAUCGCAGCUAUCCAAAUUCCAGGAACUGCACAGGAGGCGAUUACAAAUCAAGGCAAGAUCAAAGAUUAAAAACAAGGCAAAAGGAACAUCGAAUGUGAGUAGUAAAUCUCAUGUGAAGAACCUCGAUGCCAAUGAUUUUGAAAGGGAAAGUUUAAGUAAAGAAUCUGAUGAAGCGGGCAUUUCGUUUUCUGGAGGAAACUCUAUGAAGGAUACUAUCUCCUUGCAGCAAGAGAAUGUCGCAGUUCGUAGUGCGCCAAUUAAGCGCCAGAAGUUACAUUGGGGGUUGGAUGUGAAGGAGCGGUGGGAAAGGAAAGCCAACAUGUAGGAUCAUCGCCAUGUGACUGGUUAAGCAGCUUUACUGGGUGAAUCUUACUGAACCCUUUGAAGUCAGACGCAAAUGGUUGAACGAUCUCAGACAGACGGGCUGAUGAGUGAUUUAUGUAUACUGAGAAAAAUUCCAUCAGGCAACAAACUCUACUCACAUCAUGGCAAAUGUUGCCCCUUGGUGCUUUUUAGAGCUGAAAAUAGAAGAGAACAAAACCUUGUUGGAGGCAGAUAGAUUCUGCAUUCAUGUGAAAAUCAUAAGGUGUUUUCACUUUGUUACAUUUUGAAUUAGUUCUUGUACAGGUUGUUCUGCUUCUGUUGUGGAUAAGUUCUGGGAAUUAACCGUUAUGUGGAAUAGAAAGAGCAUUCUGUCGUGAAGAUAA